UGUUUGCUUGUUUGUUUGUUUGUUUAUAUAUAUAUAUAUAUAUAUAUAUAUAUCUGUUGAACCACAAUUCAAAGGCAAUGUCAUGAGUUUCAUUAAAUUGUCAUUAAUUAUUACUUUUGUCAUUUUCAACUUAUUUCAGUGACAGCUGUUUUUUUCCUAGGGUAUGAAUACAUUUGAGAACGACUGUAUAUCUGUAAAAAUGUCUGUACUGUUAUUAUGAAUAUAUUUGUCAUUACCUCUUUCACUUGUUCUUAUUUUCAUUGUCACAAUUUUCCUGUAUUGCAAAAAUAAAUCCAUCAUUAUUGUCAUUAAUAGUGGCAGUGUGAACAAUAAUAGAACAAAACAAGUGUUCUACUUUGGACCCGCCUACUUUUUAGACGUCAUCACGUAAGCGCCGUCACGCCGGUCGUCCUCGCAGGCAGCAAGCGCUGUCAGUUUCCAGACUUGUGCAGACGAGAAGGCCACCAUGGUGCUGAACCCAGUCAUCUCCAAGCUUGCUGGCAAACUGGUUGUGCUGGCCAGUGCUUCUCCCAGAAGAUUGGAGAUUCUCCGCAAUGUGGGUUUGCGCUUUGAGGUUGUUCCAUCCUGGUUUAAAGAAACCCUCGAUAAGAGCCUUUUUAAAGCACCUCAUGAGUAUGCUGUUGAGACAGCCAAGCAGAAGGCCCUGGAGGUGGCCAGGAGGAUGCCCAUUAAACACCUGAAGACUCCAGACAUAGUAAUUGGAGCAGACACAAUUGUGACUGUGGAUGGCAUGAUUCUAGAAAAGCCAGUGGACAAACAUGAUGCUUACAGGAUGCUGUCAAGCUUGAGUGGUAAAGAGCACAGUGUCUACACUGGUGUAGCUAUUGUCCUCUGCCACGAGAAAGAAAAUGAAGAAGUGGAUUAUCAGUUGAUAGAGUUCUACGAAGAAACAAAGGUGAAAUUUGCUGAUCUCUCAGAGGACAUGCUGUGGGAGUACAUCAAUAGUGGUGAACCCAUGGACAAGGCAGGCGGCUAUGGUAUUCAGGCUCUGGGUGGCAUGCUGGUGGAGUACGUCCACGGAGACUUCCUCAAUGUUGUGGGUUUCCCCCUCAACCACUUCUGCAAACAGCUAAGCCUUAUUUACAACCACUGUACUCCCUCUUCAGACAAGGAAAGUGACUCGGCCCAUCUGAGUCUCAACGGCACUCAUGCUCCUUCAGUACUUGUACAUGGUUCCUCUUCCGUUCCCAGACCCAGCAGCCCCUCUGCCAGUCAAACAAACCAAACCUAUAGCAGCCCGUCAGCCAGUCCAGUCCAUAAGGUGAAAAGGAAAGGUAGUAAGAGUAGUCAGAGUUCUGGGGCACUGGUCAACAGUUUGUCUAAACAUACAGAUGGCAAUGAGGCCAAGCUCCAGGACUCUGAUAACACACCGUUGCCACUGAUAACAAACAGUGGGCAGCUGAUUGACCGCAGUGUGACAGAAAAUGAAGACAGUCAACCUAAAAAAGAAGACUUGGAGCGAAUCAGUGAACUGUUGGAUGGAUUCAAGGCCUCAAAGGCACUUUUUACGGCAUCCAAGUUGUGUGUGUUCGACCUGCUGCACCGCAUGCCUGGGCUGGAUGCAGCGCAGGUGGCCCAGGAGAUCAAAGCCUCUGUGAAGGGGACUGAGUGUCUGCUGGAAGCCUGUGUGUCUCUGGGACUGUUGAAGUGCAAAGAGAGAACGUACGAGAAUUCAGAUCUGGCCACACGCCUUUUGCGGGCAGAUGCUUGUUUUUCCCUGCAUGGAUACAUCCAGCACUGUAAUGAAACACUGUGGCCUCUUUUCUCCCACCUCGAGAGUGCUGUGCAGGAGGGACACAGUCAGCGUGAAAGGGCCUUCAGCAACAGAACCAAGGAUAUGCUUCAGGGUGCUUUCCACAACAGUCCAGAAGCCAAACUGAGAUUCAUGAAUGCAAUGCACAGCGUUGCUAAAGUCGCAGGAAAAACCAUAGCAACAGCUUUUGACCUCUCCAGGUUUAAAACAGCCUGUGACCUCGGAGGAUGUACUGGUGCCAUGGCCUGUGAGUUUACCAAAGCCCAUCCUGGAAUGUCUGUGACAGUGUUCGACUUGCCUGCUGUUGUUGAGCUGAAAGAACAUUUCCAGCCGUUGCACACAGACAGCAGGGUAUCAUUUGUAGCAGGUGACUUUUUUCAAGAUGAACUGCCCAAAGCGGACUUGUACAUCCUAGCGAGAAUUCUUCAUGACUUGCCAGAUGAGAAACUGCACAUUCUGUUGAGUAAGAUCGUGGAAGCAAGCAAACCAGGCUGCGGACUCCUGCUAAGCGAGAUCUUUCUGGACGAAGACAGAGGCGGCCCGAGUCGUGGGCUGCUGCAGGCCCUCAGCAUGAGCGAGGGGAAACAGAGGAGCGCGACAGAAUACAGUCGGCUUUUGAAGAGCCACGGUUUCAUCACAAAGCAGAUCAGACACACAGACAACCUCCUGGAUGCCAUGCUCUGCAUCAAAGCGUGACUGACACCUUUACAACACUACAUGGAGGAUCUUGUGACAUACAGUAUGCUGUAUAUUGUAGGUAACAAAAAUCAACGACUAUGAUCAGAAAUGUUUUUAUGUGUAAUUUUGUAAAAAGAAAAAAGAUACCUGUGAAGUAAUGAAAUACACCUUUAUUUCAUAAUUUACUUUAAUAAAUAAAAAGGAAUUUUUCGUUGAACAAUCUCAUGUGUUGGGCCUUACACUGUGUAGUGCAUAGUAAAGUUCAUGGUAAACAGGACAGCUGCUCUGCUCUGCUCUGCUCUGCGGGCUCUGAUAAUGACAACCGCGAGCAAGUAUGCAGACUUGCAGAGCAAACAUGAGGUCUGGGCAUCAAAUACUUCAAUAAUCCUUUCACAUCCAUGGAAAUACAGCAUCUGGGUCAUCAUAAAUCUUAAAUGGUUUUUAAUCUUUUUUUUAUAAUAAUAAAAGGUCCUUGUUGAGUUUCA